GCACACAACGCGAUUGAAGCUCAGCAUUCUAUCGAGCUACUCCUCGAGUUGGAAAUAAAAAGAGACGUCUUAUGUACAAUGCGCGAGGCAGGUUCCAGCAGCUACGGCAAGCCGACGGGGACAGCGGCGCGUGUAUACGGAAGUUUGCUGACCGAAUUAUCUAAACGCUACACGUUUAGUUGAAUGAUUGGAAUGAGUGUUGCUGGGGACCAGAGCAUGGGAGGCAGAACGCGGGUCGCCGUCCUGUCGUCAGUGCUCUGCUCGGCGUUUGCUGUGGCGGCUGCGGGCGUCUUCUCUGCCCUCCUUUACCCAAUACUGAAAGAAUUGCGGGUUGAAAGAAUCAGAAAAGAGGAUGGUACAGAAGAGAGGAUGUUGGGUUUCUGGACUAUCCUGGUGAUGUCACUUCUGGCAGGAUGCGUCAUCGCCACAUCCUCGUGGAUGCUGGCCUAUCUGGUCUCCGUCAGGCCUGGGCUGGUGUCGACUACUUUCAGGAAGGGUUCUGGUCCUAAUCUCCAAAUCGGUUACAGCAUUGCCUUUCUCAAUGGCGUCAUGGCCACAGUCACAGCCAUCUGGAACCUCGUCUGACCCCUCACAGUCUGCUACAACUUUUGAAUGGAAACAUAGUCAUGCUUGCUUUAGAAAAGGCCUUCAGUAAGUUACAUAAAAUAUGUGGGGGGAAAAAAAAUAAAAUUUUGGAUGGUUGGUACAAAAGGAUACAAUUGUUCAAGUGUUUCAGGAUAAGAAAACAUUCAUACAAAAAUCUGACAAGAGAAACAAUGCUUGAACCUCUGAUGGGACGUUAGGCAGUUCUGACUUGCUCAGCAGGAAAAGGUCAUCUGUCGUCAAUGGUCACUGUUUCACACUAAAAACUCACAAACCCAUUUUAAUACAUACAUUCAUACACAGAUGCUGGUAAGUGCCACAUCAAGAUCACCAAAAUGAAAAAUGGUGUACUGGAAGACAGAAAGCUGAUAGGGGAUGAAAACU